AUGGUAUCCCCAAGACAACUCCUCUCCACCAUCGAAUCCACACUUCUAAAUCCUUCGCCACCGUCAGCGGCAGAAAGAGUCGAACUAAUGCACGCCAUUCGCAGCUCUCGACCAUCUCUGCAGGCGCUCCUUUUCUACCCGCCACCGAAACCAUCGGACCGCGCACAAGUCCAGUCAAAAGAAGUUAGGCUGCCGGAUUCACCAGCAAUCUCACUAGAUGAUCAGGAUGUGCAAAUUGCAUUGAAAUUGAGUGAUGACCUCCAUCUUAAUGAAAUAGAGUGUGUUCGAUUGCUAGUUUCUGCCAAUCAAGAGUGGGGUUUAAUGGGGCGGGAGCCAGUAGAAAUUCUGCGGCUUGCAGCAGGACUUUGGUACACUGAGAGACGAGAUCUAAUAACAACCCUACACAUGCUAUUAAGGGCUGUAGUGCUUGAUCGAGGACUUGAAGAUGAUAUUGUGUCAGACAUCCAGAAGUAUCUUGAAGAUCUAAUCAAUGGCGGGCUUCGACAGCGAUUGAUUUCUCUCAUAAAGGAACUCAAUCUGGAAGAACCAGCUGGUUUUGGUGGGCCUCAUUGUGAACAUUAUGUCCUCGAUUCUAGAGGUGCUCUUGUUGAGCGUCAAGCCGUGGUUUGUAGAGAGAGAUUGAUUCUUGGACAUUGCCUUGUCCUCUCUGUUUUGGUUGUGCGGACAAGUCCAAAAGAUGUAAAGGAUAUUUUUAAUUGUUUGAAAGAUAGUGCAGCAGAACUUAUGGAGGGCACCAAUACAUUAAAACACCAGGCAUGGCUUUGUUUUCUGUUGACUGCACAAUUUUUUAUUACAUUCAGUCUGCUUUUCUCUCUUGUAAUUGCUUUCAUAUCAGAUGCUCUCAGUGCCGUACCUGAUAAAGGAUCUAUCCUGUCUCGUGAUGCUUCUUUCAGAAAAGAAUUUCAUGAAAUUGUGAUGGCUACUGGAAACAAUCCAAGCGUGGAGGGCUUUGUUGGUGUCGUAAGACUUGCUUGGUGUGUACAUUUGAUGUUAAUAAAUGAUGGGAUUUUAGCUUCUUCAUCAAAUGAUUCAGGCUAUGUAAAUUCGUGCCUGGAAUUCAUUUUCUCACACAAUGUUUUUCAGUUUUUACUGGAUAACGUUCUUCGAACGGCAGCCUACCAGAAUGAUGAUGAGGAUAUGAUCUACAUGUACAAUGCUUAUCUGCACAAGCUGACCACUUGCUUACUCUCUCACCAACUUGUUAGGGACAAGGUAAAAGAAUCAAAGGACAAGGCAAUGAGCACACUCAAUUCAUACCGUUUGGCUGUGUCUCAAGAUCUUAUGCAUGAUAGCAACUUGGAUUCACAACAGGCCACCGAAACUGGUCCUCUGCUAUUUGUCUCUCUGCUGGAGUUUGUGAGCGAAAUUUAUCAGAAGGAACCAGAGCUUUUGUCUGGCAAUGACGUAUUGUGGACUUUUGUCAAUUUUGCUGGAGAGGAUCAUACUAAUUUUCAAACACUUGUAGCUUUUCUGAAAAUGCUGAGUGCUUUGGCUUCAAAUCAAGAAGGUGCUGCGAAGGUUUAUGAGUUACUUCAGGGAAAAGCUUUCCGCUCUGUUGGGUGGAGCACUUUGUUUGAUUGCUUAACUAUAUAUGACGAGAAGUUCAAACAGUCACUUCAGACUGCUGGAGCCAUGCUACCAGAGUUUCUGGAAGGGGAUGCAAAAGCACUUGUUGCAUAUCUGGAUGUUCUUCAAAAGGUUAUUGAAAAUGGGAAUCCUGUGGAUAGAAAAAAAUGGUUUCCUGACGUUGAACCAUUGUUCAAGCUCCUUAGUUAUGAAAAUAUACCUCCAUAUUUGAAGGGUGCUCUGCGGAAUGCCAUUGCUACUUUUGUUCAUGUCUCUCCAGUCCUAAAAGAUGCUAUUUGGAGUUAUCUUGAGCAGUAUGAUUUACCUGUGGUUGUUGGGGCUCAUGUUGGUAACAGUGCACAGCCGACGGGAACACAGGAUGUGUGGAUGGAUGACAGGAAAGGGAGAGUUUUGAAGGUAGGGAAAGGGAGGGUUGGCAAAGUUGCAGUGGUUUAUGAUAUGCAAUAUGAGUUGAAUGAAAUAGAAGCAAGGAGAGAACAGUAUCCUUCAACAAUAUCUUUCCUUAAUCUGUUAAAUGUUCUCAUUGCUGAGGAAAAAGAUGUGAGCGAUAGAGGGCGUAGAUUUAUAGGUAUCUUUAGGUUCAUUUAUGAUCAUGUCUUCGGGCCAUUCCCUCAGAGAGCGUAUGCUGAUCCUUGCGAGAAAUGGCAGUUAGUUGUUUCUUGUCUUCAGCAUUUUCACAUGAUUUUGAGCAUGUAUGAAAUUGAAGAUGAGGACAUUGACAGUGUUGUUGAGCAGUCACAGCUUUCAACGGUCACACAAUCAUCUUCCCUUCAGAUGCAGCUUCCUGUCUUAGAGUUGUUAAAAGAAACCAAGCUUGUUGAGGAUUUCAUGAGUGGUCGGAUUGUUUUUCGAAAUAUCAUGGGCAUCCUUCUGCCAGGGGUCAAUUCUAUUAUCACUGAACGGACUUCUCAAAUUUAUGGGCAACUGCUAGAAACGGCUGUACAACUUUCUUUGGAGAUUAUAAUCCUUGUCCUAGAGAAGGAUUUACUAGUUUCUGAGUAUUGGCGUCCUCUAUACCAGCCUUUGGAUGUUAUUCUUUCACAAGAUCAUAAUCAAAUUGUGGCAUUGCUGGAGUAUGUCAGAUAUGACUUUCUACCGAAAAUUCAGCAAUGUUCAAUCAAAAUCAUGACUAUUCUAAGUUCCCGUGUGGUGGGGCUUGUACAGUUACUUUUGAAAUCCAAUGCUGCAAACUCUUUGGUUGAGGAUUAUGCGGCCUGCCUUGAGGGACGAUCAGAAGAAUGCCAGAUCAUAGAGAACAAGGCUGAUGAUCCUGGGCUUCUAAUAGAUAAUGUUAGUCGGCCAGCUCCAAAUGUUACACAUUUACUACUUAAAUUUGACAUUGACCAUGCAGUUGAGCAGACAGUUCUGCAGCCAAAGUUUCACUACAGUUGCUUGAAGGUUAUUCUUGAAAUCUUGGACAGAUUUUUAAAGCCAGAAAAGAAUGCUCCGCUUCAUGAGUUUGGUUUUCAGCUCCUUUAUGAGUUGUGCGUGGACCCUCUAACAUGUGGCCCUACCAUGGAUUUGCUGAGCAAGAAAAAGUAUCAAUUCUUUGUAAAGCACCUUGAUACUAUUGGUAUUGCUCCGCUUCCUAAACGAAAUAGUAACCAGCCACUUCGUAUCAGUUCCCUUCACCAGAGAGCAUGGCUGUUGAAGCUUUUAGCUGUAGAGUUGCACGCUGGUUAUGUGGGUGGCCCCACUCAUCAAGAAGCAUGUCAGACGAUACUUGCUCAUCUUUUUGGACGGGAUGUAUUUGCAAGUGGGUCUGAUCGUGUAGUUUAUGAUUCCAUUAUUCUUCGAAAUGGCACUGAGCAUACUGGAACCCAGACAAUAAGCAGGAGUAAGGUUUUGGAGUUGCUCGAGGUUAUCCAAUUUCGAUCUCCUGAUACUACCAUGAAGCUUUCUCAGAUUGUUUCUAAUAUGAAGUAUGACUUGAUGGCAGAGGACAUACUUGGAGAUCCAACAACUUCAGGAAAGGGCGGUAUCUACUAUUAUUCAGAGCGUGCUGAUCGUCUGAUUGACCUUGCUUCUUUCCGUGACAAACUUUGGCAGAAAUUUAAUUCAGUCUAUCCCCAGUUAAGUAACUUUGGAAAUGAAGCUGAGCUCAAUGAUGUAAGAGAGACGAUUCAACAGUUAUUGAGAUGGGGAUGGAAGUUUAAUAAGAACCUUGAGGAACAAGCUGCCCAACUUCAUAUGCUAACUGGCUGGGUUCUUGAUGCCUCUCUAAGUGCUUCUGCUUCUCAAGACUGUUCAUUGAGGAUGGCAUUUGUAUUGAGUCAGGUUGCACUUACAUGCAUGGCUAAACUGCGUGAUGAAAGGUUCUUGUGCCCUGCUGGCUUAAAUUCAGAUAAUAUGACAUGUCUUGAUGUUAUAACGGCCAAAAAUCUAUCAAAUGGUGCCUGUCACUCAAUAUUAUUUAAGCUUAUAAUGGCAAUUCUGAGAAACGAAUCAUCAGAAGCCUUGAGAAGACGCCAAUAUGCAUUGCUGCUUAGCUAUUUUCAGUAUUGUCAGCACAUGCUUGAUCCAAAUAUCCCAACAUCAGUUCUGCAAUUUUUGAUGCUUGAAGAGCAAGAUAGUGAAGAUCUAGAUUUCCAGAAAAUUGACAAAGAACAGGCAGAACUAGCUCGUACCAAUUUUUCGAUUCUGAGAAAAGAAGCUCAGGCCAUCUUGGAUUUGGUAAUAAGUGAUGCAGCUAAAGGGAGUGAACCUGGGAAGACAAUAGCGCUUUAUGAUGGCGGGCAUUCGCUAGACUCAUUGCAGCGGGCAAGUACCCUCGAAGCUGAAUUGGCAUUACUGUUGAGGAUCAGCUACAAAUAUGGGAAACCUGGGGCUCAAGUUUUGUUUUCCAUGGGUGCUUUGGAGCAUCUUGCAUCAUGCAGGGCAGUCAGUUUACAGGGAAGUUUGAGGCGGUUUGACCCAAAGCUUCAUAGAGAUGUUUCUGUUGAUAUUGACAAACAACGAAUGAUCGUAACACCUAUGUUGAGAUUUUUGUUUUCUUUGACAUCAUUGAUUGAUACAUCCGAUGUAUUCGAGGUGAAGAAUAAAAUUGUUCGUGAAGUCAUAGAUUUUGUAAAAGGACACCAGUUGUUGUUUGAUCAAAUUCUUCGCCAAGACAUUUCCACAGCUGAUGAAUUGACCAUGGAGCAGAUCAAUCUUGUUGUCGGCAUACUUAGUAAGGUAUGGCCCUAUGAAGAGAGUGACGAGUUUGGGUUUGUUCAACGGCUAUUCAGUAUGAUGCGUGCACUUUUUUCUUGUGACUCUGGAACCCCUACUGUUGGUAGAUUGGUCCAAUCUUCUGAGGUCUCAGACAGCUCCAUUGAUUACCAUUCUACUGCUGUACCGCAGCUACCCACGUUGACGUUACUUGACUCUGUCCUCCAUUCAGUUACAACUUCCCUUGAAAUGGCUGCUGAGGAGAAAUCCUUACUACUUAAUAAGAUUCAAGAUAUAAAUGAACUGUCAAGGCAGGAGGUAGAUGAAAUUAUCAACAUGUGUGUUCUGCAAGAGUGUGUUUCUUCAUCCGAUGACAUACAGAAGAGCCAGGCACCAGGGUUAACUUCCAACUUCCUAGAAGAAGGCCAAAGAAAAGAAACAGCAGCUGUGGAAUCACCCAAUGACUCUGGACAUGGAGCAGCAAUUUUAGGUCUCAAACCAAGAACAAAUUUUCCACUGAGGUAUAUCGCAAUGAUGGAAAUGUCCCGUGUAGCUGGAGAAAGAGAUCAGCUAAUUACCUUAUUACUUCCGCUUGCAGAACAUGUGUUGGAUAUCAUCCUUGUCCAUUUUCGGGAAUGGUCCAUGACAUCUGAUAACAGUGGAGCUACAAAAGCUAUUACAUUUGGCACGCACUCUGAACGCAUACAGGACCUAUCGUGGAUGUGUGGAAAGUUGGUUCCCAUAUUAGAACGACUUGAGCUGUUGAGUGAGGAAAAGGUUGGCCACAAUCUGAAGGUGUUUCGUAGAUUGGUGACAUCCCUUAAAGAAAUGGCAAUCCAAAACCUGGCUUUAUGA